AAGAAAGGAGCCGCCCCCUUCGUCGCCAGCCCCCUCCUCACUUCCCGUCCGGCGCGCUGCUCCCUUCCCCCUCGGGGAGCGAGCAGGAGGCGGCCCCGGCGGAGCGGUAGGAGCUGGCAGCGGGGCGCAUGCCAGGUGGGGGUCCCCAGGGCGCCCCGGCCGCCGCCGGCGGCGGCGGCGUAGGCCACCGCGCAGGCAGCCGGGAUUGCUUACCACCUGCAGCGUGCUUUCGGAGGCGGCGGCUGGCACGGAGGCCGGGCUACAUGAGAAGCUCGACAGGGCCUGGGAUCGGGUUCCUUUCCCCAGCAGUGGGCACACUGUUCCGGGUCCCAGGAGGGGUGCCUGGCGAGGAGUCCCACCACUCGGAGUCCAGGACCAGAGAGUGUGGCCUUGACCUGAGAGGCCUCUUGGUCGGGAGCCCUGUUUCCAAGAGCGCAACAGCCCCUGCUGUGACCUCUGUGAGAGGAACCUCAGCACACUUUGGGAUUCAGCUCAGAGGUGGCACCAGAUUGCCUGACAGGCUUAGCAGGCUGUGUGGCCCUGGGAAUGCUGGGUGGCAGCAAGAGUUUGCAGCCAUGGACAGUUCUGAGACCUUGGACGCCAGCUGGGAGGCAGCCUGCAGUGAUGGAGCAAGGCAUGUCCAGGCUGCAGGCUCUGUGCCAUCAGCAGAGUUGAGUAGCAAUCGCUGCAACCCUGGCUGUGGCCCUGAGGACCCCCCACCCCCUCCUGGCUCUCACAUUGCCUUUGCCUCAAGCUUUAGCUUUAUUCGGCUCUCGCUUGGCUCUGCCGGGGAACGUGGAGAAGCAGAAGGCUGCCCACCAUCCAGAGAGGCCGAGUCCCCUUGCCAGAGCCCCCAGGAGAUGGGAGCCAAAGCUGCCAGCUUGGAUGGGCCUCAUAAGGACCCUCGAUGUCUCUCUCGGCCCUUCAGUCUCUUGGCUACACAGGUCUCAGAAGACUUGGCCCAGGCCGCCGGGAACAGCUCCAGGCCAGAGUGUGAGAUUCAUUCUUUACCAGACAUGGACCCUGGUUCCUCCAGUUCUCUGGAUCCCUCAUUGGCUGGCUGUGGUGGUGAUGGGAGCAGUGGAUCGGGGGAUGCCCACUCUUGGGACACCCUGCUCAGGAAAUGGGAGCCAGUGCUGCGGGACUGCCUGCUGAGAAACCGGAGGCAGGUGGAGGUAAUAUCCUUAAGAUUAAAACUUCAGAAACUUCAAGAAGAUGCAGUUAAGAAUGAUGAUUAUGAUAAAGCUGAGACAUUACAACAAAGAUUAGAAGACCUGGAACAAGAGAAAAUCAACCUGCACUUUCAGCUUCCUUCAAGGCAGCCAGCUCUUAGCAGCUUCCUGGGUCACCUGGCAGCACAAGUCCAGGCUGCCUUGCGCCAUGGGGCCACUCAGCAGGCCAGUGGAGAUGACACCCAUGCCUCACUCAGAACGGAGCCGAGGCUGUUGGAACGCACUGCUCAGGACAGCUUGCACGUGUCCAUCACAAGACGAGACUGGCUUCUUCAGGAAAAGCAGCAGCUACAGAAAGAAAUUGAAGCUCUCCAAGCAAGGAUGUCGGUGCUGGAAGCCAAAGAUCAACAGCUGAGAAGGGAAAUAGAGGAGAAAGAGCAACAACUCUGGUGGCAGGGCUGCGACCUGACCCCACUGGUGGGCCGGCUAUCCCUGGGUCAGCUGCAGGAGGUCAGGAAGGCCUUGCAGGACACCCUGGCCUCCGCUGGUCAGAUUCCCUUCCAUGCAGAGCCACCGGAAACCAUAAGGAGCCUCCAGGAAAGAAUAAAAUCCCUCAACUUGUCACUUAAAGAAAUCACUACUAAGGUGUGUAUGAGUGAGAAAUUCUGCAGCACCCUGAGGAAGAAAGUUAACGAUAUUGAAACCCAACUACCAGCCUUGCUUGAAGCCAAAAUGCAUGCCAUAUCAGGAAACCAUUUCUGUACAGCUAAAGACCUCACCGAGGAGAUUAGAUCAUUAACAUCAGAGAGAGAAGGGCUGGAGGGACUCCUCAGCAAGCUGUUGGUGUUGAGUUCCAGGAAUGUCAAAAAGCUGGGAAGUGUUAAAGAAGAUUACGACAGACUGAGAAGAGAAGUGGAGCACCAGGAGACUGCCUAUGAAACAAGUGUGAAGGAAAAUACUAUGAAGUACAUGGAAACACUUGAGGAUAAACUGUGCAGUAAAGUGUUCCUGUAUUUUCACAAAAAUGAGCAAGACCUACCGCAAAAAAUGAUCAGCUGCAAGUGUCCACUGCUUGGGAAAGUGUGGGAAGCUGACUUGGAAGCUUGUCGAUUGCUUAUCCAGAGCCUCCAACUCCAGGAAGCCAGGGGAAGCCUGUCUGUAGAAGAUGAGAGGCAGAUGGAUGACUUAGAGGGAGCUGUCUGUAUAGCUGCUCCUCCCAUUCCCCCCGGGCUCCACUCCGAGGAUAAAAAGAAGACCCCUUUGCAGGCACUGGAAGAAUGGAAGGCUCACCUGAUCCCCUCUCUGUACUGUGCUGGAGGCGAACAGAAAGAGGAAUCUUACAUCCUUUCUGCAGAACUUGGAGAAAAGUGUGAAGACAUAGGCAAGAAGCUAUUGUACUUGGAAGAGCAACUUCACACAGCAAUCCACAGUCACGAUGAAGAUCUCAUUCAGUCUCUCAAGAGGGAGCUCCAGAUGGUGAAGGAAACUCUGCAGGCCAUGAUCCUGCAACUGCAGCCGGCAAAGGAGGCAGGGGAAAGAGAAGCUGCAGCUUCCUGCGUGACAGCUGGUGUCCGGGAAGCAUAAGCCUGAGGAGAGACGGGAUGGGGGGGGAGGUGGGCCACCAUGUCAACAGUUUGGACCCGGGGGGCUGCUAUCCUCUCCCCCUGCAUAACUAAUGUGCCUGAAUUAAUUAUGGAGAUACAGAGCCUUGAGGUCUUUCAUUGGAAAGGUGGCUCAUGUUCAUUCUCAUGAGUCUGAAACUGAGGAGUCUGCAAAUUGGAAUAUGGAGAGAGAGACGGAUUUGCUGAAUUUCCUUCCAAAUGUCACUCAAAAAUUUCUCUUCCAUGUCAUUCAUGGGAAUGUCUUGCACAGGAUUUGAGAAUAUUUUCAUCUCAGCCCCCAUUAGAAGUUGGGGUGAAUUCUGGAAAAAUGUCUCUUUUCUCUGUAGCAUUUGUCUUCUGCUGCAACUAAAAUAUUUCCUGAUUCAAGAUUCUAUAAAAAGGAAACCAAGCAUAAGACUCUGUCAUCAUACCUGUUACACGUUCCUACAGGUGCACGAUCUAAGAGAGCUAAUUAACCUCAGAGUCUGGAAUUAACAGCUUUUCACCUUACUUCUCCUGUGAUCUAAUAUUAUCUUAGAAAAAUUAAUAUGCAACUUCCAAAAGAUAUUUUGGUAAGACAACAGCCUCUCAGUGGUAUACCACCUUUCAAUUUUCCUUUUGUGGCAAUGAUUGCACCUGAAGAAAGGAUCCCUGAGAGUCUGUGUUUCAUCAGGAAAUUUAUGAAAUUUACCCACAGUGAGGCUGUGGAUGGAUCAGGGAAAACCUGUAUAAAAUGUUUGAGCCUGUUCUGUUUUCCCGUGGAGCCUGUUUCACUCAAUGCCAGGCAGUGCAGCAUUUAGGAAAGCAGUGCAGUACUCAGUAAGGCAGUGCAGUACUCAGUAAGGCAGUGCAAUACUCAGUAAUAGUGCAGUACUCAGUAACACAGUGCAGUACUCAUUAAUACAGUACAAUACUCAGUAAGGCAGUGAAGUACUCAGUAAUACAAUACAGUACUCAGGCAGUGCAGUACUCAGGGAGUGCAGUACUCAGUAAGGCAGUGCAGUACUCAGGAAUACAGUGCAGUACUCAGUAAGGCAGUGCAGUACUCAGUAAGGCAGUGCAAUACUCAGUAAUACAGUGCAGUACUCUGUAACACAGUGAAGUACUCAGUAAUACAGUACAGUACUCAGUAAGGCAGUGCAGUACUCAGUAACGCAGUGCAAUACUCAGUAACGCAGUGCAGUACUCAGUAACAGUGCAGUACUCAGUAAUAUAGUACUGUACUCAGUAAGACAGUACAGUACUCAGUCAGGCAGUGCAAAACUCAGUAACACAGUGCAGUGCUCAGUAAGGCAGUGGAGUGCUCAGUAACACAGUGUAGUACUCAGUAGGACAGCACAGAACUCAGUGACACAGGGCAGUUAGUACUCAGUACUAUGAGUACUGAGUACUUAUAUAGGCAAUGUAGUCCUUAGUAUAUCAGUGCAGUACUCAAUAAUGCAAGGGCAUUUCAGGCUCCUGCUGGGCUGCUUCUUUGGCCCAGCUGGGACUCCUAUUGAGACAGCUGCAAAACAGGCUGAUUUCAAUUAGGCAGCACUUCCCAAAGUGCACUGAGGAAGGUGGCCCCAAGAGAUGCUCUAAACAAAGGAGUCCCCUCUCCGGUCAAGUACCUUUGAUAAAUACACCAUACCAUAAUAUCUGCUUGGAGAACCACAACGCGCAUUAGCAUAUUAGUCUGAGAAAACUUAUAGUAAGUAAACUCACUUGAUUUUAUCUAACCUCAAACUUUCCAAGCUUAAUGGAUCGUGAAUUUUUUUCAUGUAACUCCUAUUCAUAUGCCACAGAUCUAGUAUCGUACAGCACUGCAUUCUCUGAGGAAGUGCAAGUCCAAACUCUGAUUUACAUCGCUGUAGAAACCACACUCACAGUUUUGCAGAGUGUUGAGCUUAAUAACUACCUGCCACAGAUCGGUAAAUUUAAUCCAGUGGUGGUUCUGUCUGUGCUUCUGUUCUCAUAUAUGUGAUUAGGGACAGUGAUGUUCCUGCCUUCACUAGGAUCCAUGGAUAUGACACCAUUUUUGUUAUUUCCUGAAGUCACACUGGCAUUUCCAGAAGGCAUCUGGUGCUCUGCUCAGCCUUCCAUGCUGUGCCACACUUCUGUCCUCAGUCAAGGAGAUGGCCCUGCUGAAGCCAGCGGUUGGCUGGGGUCCAGGAAACAAACCAAAAGCACAAUAUGUGAAUAUGCUGAUUGUGUUCCCUAUGGCUUCAUCUUGAGUAAAAUACACUCUACAUAUUUUAAUAAUAAGUAUAAUUAGCUUGUUCCUGGACUUCACUUUUCAAUGAUGAACCAAAUUCCUCAAUUAUUUAUAAUUGUGUCUACAGAAAAUUAUGAACUGGUCACAUGGCACUUGGAGUCCUUGAAUUAAUUCCAGUGAAGCAAAACUUGGGAAGAGUCAGGAUUGGCCACAUUGCCAAUAGCAAAUUCCUACUUCGACAUAUGUCUUUUUAAAAAGCCUCCCAGACACAAGACAUCUUAACCGUCACUAGCCCAAGUGUUUUGUAUUACACAGACACCAUCAUGAAAUAAUUCUGUGAGGUCAUGAUGUAUUUGAAAAUUCUGCAAGUUAAUAACUGCCUUGAAUUAUUUGAACCCCAAAUAAGGGUUCCUUGGUACCUCUAGUAGAUAGUGUGUUCAUUUCCCUGCUGCAAAUUUUGAAGUAUUUGGGCAGGUGAGUAAUGUUUAAACCAUGUACUGUAACUCAUCUGUUGUCUUGACUUGGUCUUAGAGUGUUAUUCAGAAAGCCUGCUAAGGGCCAGAGUGCUUCCUCUGGCUACACCACCUCCUCAGGACAACCCCAGUGUCUUAAGCUACUUUGACCCUGGGAGACACAGGAUUUGUAUCCUCAAUCAUACUAUAGAGCAGUUUUUGUCAGGGGAACAUAAAAAUAUCCAAGAGAAGUUAAGGCUUAGAUUUAAAAGCAUCGAAACAACAACAAUAAAAAUUUAUAUUGGAGAUAGCCAAGAUCAUAAGCAAAAGCACAUAUUGAAAAUGAUGAGUUAGAAUCUGAUGUGACUGGGAUGUGGUGUGGGAGAAUGUGUGGUAUUAUACUGUUUGCCUUGCUGGAAUGCUGGCUUUCAAAUGGUCACCCAUUUUUCUUUCACUGGCCUGAGUUAGGACAUGCUGUCUAUCACAACAGUCCCAGUUCCAUCCAACUUACUUUUUCUUUCUUUUUCUUUCUUUCUUUCUUUCUUGCUUGCUUGCUUGCUUGCUUGCUUGCUUGCUUGCUUUCUUGCUUGCUUUCUUGCUUGCUUUCUUGCUUUCUUGCU